AUGAAAAUACAGAGAAUCUCAGGCAACCUACACAGGCAGCUUGAAGGACGAUUUGUGUAUCUUUCCUGCAAUAAGUAUGGGAGUAAUGUAGUGGAAAAGUUUUUCCAUGACGCAGGUGUGCAUCUAUCUGAAAAAAUCAUUGCUGAGCUCCUUAAUUCCCCUAAUAUAUCAAGGCUCCUUUUGGAUCCAUUUGGAAAUUAUGUCAUCUGUACAACACUGGUGAAAUUUAAGGGUAAUCCCUACCUUAAGAAUGCCCUGCUGGAUCUGAUCCAAGCAAAUUCUCUAAUGAUGCGCAGCAUUAUGUUUGGCAAAAAGUUGCUUGAUAGGGCCGGCAAAGAAUUGCGGAAUAUGUAA